CUUCACAUGUUCUUCUCAUUUUCUCUCAACAACAACACACACGAGAACAAUAACUCAAUCAAGAUCGAAAAUGGCAACAACAACCAAAUUCUAUUUUCCCUCUCUUCCACUAAUAGUAACCAUAUUAUUAAUCUCAUUCCUUCCUUCUCAUCUAAAAUGUUCCCCCUCAACUAGUAGUACUACUCAAGAAACUUUCAAGGAAUCUUCAAAGCUUCUCGAUCUCCUCCUAAGAGAUUACACUCUAAACUCUUUCAAGAAUCAACAUAACUCAAUCAAGACCGGCGUUGUUCGGCAUAUUCAUCUCCCGUCUAACUACUCCGGCAUAAAUCUUGACGCUGUUAGGUUCCGGUGUGGGAGUCUCCGGCGAUAUGGAGCUCAACUCCAAGAAUUCCAUAUCGGCGUUGGAGCGGUUCUUGAACCGUGUGGUGAACGUCUUGUGGUCGUGAGACAAAUCUUGGGAUCAAACUGGUCUGAUAUAUAUUACAAGAACUAUGAUCUCUCGGGUUAUAGACUUGUCUCUCCGGUUCUAGGGCUCUUAGCUUAUAAUGCUUUAAACGACGUUGUUUUGGGUAAUAAUUUCAGCAGCUCUUAUCAAAUAAGUCUUCUCCUAGACGAUGCUAAAGAUCCGUCAACCGUUGAUUUCGGAAACAUUUCUGGACCGUCGAUGGUAGAGCGAACGUUCUUGAAUAAGCCAAUGUGUGUGACUUUCGGACUAGACGGCAAAGUAACGUUUGCCGGAGAACUGAAGCCGUAUGUCUGCGCCGUUAAAACUAACGGACAUUUUGGUUUAGUGGUGACGGAUGAUCAGGAUUCGUCCAAAUCGGACGGUGGAGGAGAAAAGGAGAUGAACAAGGAGAAGAUUGGACGGUGGAGAUCGGUUGUUGGAGGGCUGGUUGGAUCUGUGACGGUGGGGGUGGUGCUUUUAGGGCUUGUGGUGGCGGCGGCAGUUGUGACUGCGAAGAAGCGGAGGAGAAGGGCAAAAAGGGAAGAGAUGGAGAGAAAAGCUUAUGAAGAAGAAGCUCUAAGAGUAGUGACAAUGGUGGGGCAUUCUAGAGUUUUAGUUGCUUCUGCUACAAGGACUUUGCCUGGUUUCAUGGAACAUGAGUGUGUUCCUAAUUAAUUAGUUUAACUAGGUAGUUUGCCCGCACUUGCGGGCUUAAUAAUUUUACUAAUAUCUAUAAAUAAAUAUAUAAUCAAUUUAUGUAAAUUAUAAUAAAUUAUUGUUCAUAGACUCAAAAUAUUUAAUCAAAAACUAAACAUAUU